AUGAAAGGGAAUCAUUAAGGCGCUCAAAGCCUUAUGACGCCACAGAGCGCGUUCGAAUAGAACGCGCGGAGUAUAUAAAGUGCGUGACAUUCUUUCAUUCUUUGUGGGUUUGUUAUGGUGGUUAGAGAGUUUUUCACAACGAUGGGACAGCGAGUAACAAAAGUGAGUCCGAUGACGGUUGGCGAGGUGUACGAUAAACAUCUUAGUACACCCCCAAAACCCAGCACCAACACGGAGCUACAACAUCCUCGUCCCCGCGAUGAGACCCCUGUUGGUGCUGGAGGAGGAGGAGAGGAAAGAGGGGAGGAAGAGGAUAGGAAGAAGGAGAGGAAGGAGGCAGAGAGAGUGAGGGAGAAAAGAAAGAGCAAAAAGUGGUGGCAGGGGCUGUGCUCUUUCUUUAGAGCUGCCAAAAAACACCCAGAGAGCAGCUCAGGUCAGAAAGAGGAGCAGCAGCAGGAUGAGGGACAGAAGAGGAAGGUUGCAUGGGCAGGAAGAAGUAGUGAUGACUACAUCUUCAGCCGUUACACUGUGGGCGAUCAGCUGGGCAAAGGUGGUUUUGGUGUGGUGUAUGAAGGGACACGUCUGCAGGAUAAUCUUAAAGUGGCUUUGAAAUACGUCACAAAGACCCAACACACAACAUGUAUAUUCAUUCCUGAUCAUCCACAUCCCCUUCCAAAAGAGAUCGCCCUCACCAUCCUGGCGAAUAAAGGUCCCAGUGUGCCGCAAAUAAUCAAGUUACUGGACUGGACGGACCACCCUGACCACUUCGUCAUGGUCCUCGAAUGUCCCUCUCCCUGUGAGAAUCUCGUGGAUUUCAAAAGACGUCACGGUGGAAGCCUUGAUGAGGAAACAACACGGCAGAUCAUGUGGCAGGCGGCUCACGCAGCAAACAUGUGCCACAUCCGCAGAGUGUUCCACCGUGACGUCAAACUAGAGAACAUACUAGUAAACAGGGAGACAUCCGAAGUCAGGCUGAUUGACUUCGGAUGCGGGGACAUUUUGAGGAGGUCACCGUACAGGUCAUACUGUGGCACAGCAGUGUACUCCCCUCCAGAGUAUCACAGCAGGGGGAAGUACUACGGCGGGCCAGCGACGGUCUGGUCACUAGGGAUGGUGAUGUUCGAAUUGUUGUGUGGACGCUUCCCUAGUGACUAUGACCUGUUCCUGCUACACUACAAGCGCUGGUCCAAACCCGGCCUGUCAAAAGAAUGCUGUGACCUCCUCAGGGCUCUCCUGCAUGAGAAGCCAAGCAGGAGACUUGGUCUGGGGCAAAUCAUAUUCCACAAAUGGUUUAAGGUAGUGAAUACAAGAUCAGCUAUAAAGAAUUAAC